AGUCAGGGAGAGAGAGCGACAAAUAAAUUUCCAAAACCUAACAUAUAUUUACCACCCUCAUUUUUGUACUACCCCCUUCAUACCCUCUUUCAAUCUUCUUUCGAUUAUAUUUCAUGAUAAUCUAAAAACCUAUCUUAAUUUACGGCGUGCCCUGAGUCGAAUUCCGGCCCGGGUUUUUGCAACCAUCAACAUCCCCGUUCAUGUCGUUCACCUCAACUCGUCAGGGCGCGUCUGCCUCACAAUCUGUACCUGCGCAACUGGUCGAGUCGCGGGAAAAUGGCGAUGUCCUACCCUUUAACCAAGUCGACGCGAAGCAAAUAAAUAGAAAGCCCCUGCCGGUGGCGAAGUCAUGGGCGCAUCUUGUCGCUGGAGGUGUCGGAGGCAUGACAGCAGCCGCCCUCACAGCGCCCCUGGACGUCCUCAAAACCCGCCUGCAAUCCGACUUCUACCAAUCCCAACUGCAAUCCAACCGCGCCCGCCUGGGCAUCUCACCGCACGCACACCUCUCCCCGGCACGCUCCGCGAUCCUCCACUUCCGCGAAACGUUCCAGAUCCUGUUCAGCGUGCAUAAAGUCGAAGGAUGGCGCGCGCUCUUCAAGGGGCUGGGGCCGAACCUGGUCGGCGUAGUGCCGGCGAGGAGUAUCAACUUCUACACGUACGGCAACGGGAAGAGGAUUAUUGCGGAUAACUUCAACCAUGGGGAGGAGAACACGUGGGUUGUUUUGCUGGCGGCGGCGACGGCGGGGGUGGUGACGAGCACGGCGACGAAUCCGAUUUGGAUGGUUAAGACGAGGUUGCAGCUUGAUAAGAAUGUGUCGGAGAGGGCGGGGGAGGCGGUGGUGAGGAGGUAUAAGAAUAGUUGGGACUGUGUAAAACAGAUAAUAAGGAAUGAGGGGAUUAGGGGCAUGUACAAAGGGAUGAGUGCGAGCUAUCUGGGGGUGUCGGAGAGCACCUUACAGUGGGUGCUGUAUGAACAGAUGAAGGGAUACCUGAGGAGGAGGGAGGAAAAAAUUAUCACAAGUGGACGAGAGAAGAAUAUCUGGGAUCGAACAGUUGAGUGGACAGGCAAAGUGGGCGCGGCCGGAGGCGCAAAGCUGGUUGCGGCUAUCAUCACCUAUCCCCACGAGGUUGUCCGCACACGUCUUCGCCAAGCCCCCACAAUUGCCGACGGAAAGCCAAAGUACACCGGUCUGAUCCAGUGCUUCAAGCUCGUCUUUAAAGAAGAGGGCAUGGCAUCCAUGUACGGCGGCCUAACACCGCAUCUGCUACGCACAGUUCCCAGCGCAGCGAUUAUGUUCGGCAUGUACGAAGUUAUCCUCCGGUUCCUGGACACGCCGGCGUGAGUAUAUCCGAGGAUAUAGUAUCAUAUUGUAUAUAUACAUGAGAAACGUGGGGCCUUUCAUGCUGAGCAUGGGGGUCCUGGGCAGCGGAGAGGAUAUCUCCUCUCUUGAUCUCCUAUUCAAGAUGGAUGAGGAAUGAGGUGCAUUGUACUAUUAUAGAAGGUCGUGGUGGGGUAAACGGCGUUAUGCUUUACGGCUGGUGUAGGAUAUUGGAUAUAUUUGUAAGAAUUAAUAACGAGGUG